AUGGUGUCCGAGGUUAUCGCUUGCACCGCCGCCGACGGCGCUGACGGCGGCGGCGAGGUCAUGGCACGCCUGGCGGCCGGCGUCGGCGACGGGCUGCAAGAGGAGCCCGAGGGCGGGCCGGUCGGCGUUGAGGGUGACGCAGGGAGGGUAAGCGAUCUGGAAUGGCUCGGCCGCGGCGCCGCGGCGCUGCUGCGCACGCAGCAGCUGCUGCACGCGGUGCGCCACCAGGCGCUGCCGGCGCUGCUCGUCUGGGGGGCGGACGCGGCGCCCGCGGCCGGCCGGGCGGGGCGCCAGGAGGAUGGCGAGGGUGCGCAGCGCCGCGGCGCCGACGCGGCGCCGGACGCGCCCGGCGACCACAGGCACGUGUGGCUGGCGGCGCGCGCGCUCGUGGCCGGCGCGCGCCAGCAGCUGUCGGCGCUGCUGGCGCAGGCGCGGGCGCUGGAGGCCCGGCUCCAGUCCCCACAGCCGGCGCAGCCGCACGUCGACGUGUGGGCGGCGGCGGCGGAGGGGGGGCCGGGCGCGCUCGACGUUUGGCAGCUGCAGCAGGAGUGGGGGGAGCUUGAAAACAGGGUGCUGCUGUGCCUGUUCACGUGCCUGGGCCCGCUGCUAGGCCUGCCAGACGCGUCCUCGCUGCGCGACGCCGCCGCGGCCGCCACCGCCGAGGCCCGCGCGCCGGCGGCGCCGGCGCGCGCGGGCAGCCCGCAUCUGCUUGACGCCUGGCAGCCGCUGGCCCACGCGCUGCUGCAGCUGGGCGGCCUAGCCGCGGCCGCGCCUGCUGGUGGCGACGGCGACGCGAGCGGGGCGGCGCCGCCGCCGGCCGAGGCCGUCGGGGCGGACGGCCGCCUGGCGCCGCCCGCGGCGCCGCUGCCCCUAGAUCUGGAGGUUCUCAGGCCGCUGCUAUUUGUGAUGGACGCUCUGUCGACGCUGCUGCUGCCGCCGGGUGCAGAGGGGGCCCCCGAGCCGGCGUUCGCCGCGGAGCGGCGCCUGUGCGACGACCUGCGGCGCUCGCUGCUGGCCGCCCACCUGCCGCCCGUCGAGGCCGGGCUGCGGCGCGGCGCGGCGGCGGCGCGGCGGCUCGAGGCCGAAGCGGCGCACGUGCUGCAGCGCCGCGGCGUCGGCGGCCGCGCCGCCCGCGCGCCCCGCAUCGAGCCCUUCACCCCGCAACCCACGACGAGCGCCGGCGAGGGCGGCGGCGGCAGGAACGUCAAAGGGGAGGCGUUGGAUGAGCUCGUGCCGUUCACGGCGUUUGAUCCAGAUCUGGCCGGCGCGGAUGAGAUGCUGGAGGAUGAUCUGGGGGGGCUCGACGACGACGACGACGAGGAUGGCGGCGGUGGCCAGGGCCUGGGUGCUUGUGGCAGCGACGCGGGGAGCGACUGGCUGCUCGGCACGAGCGGGGGCAGCGGAGGGGCCGGUGGGGGCGGCGGCGGCAGCGGGGCGCGCGCAGGCCUGCCUGAUCUGGUGCCGUUUGACGGCUUUGACCCGGAUCUGCCGGGGGCCGGCGUCGCAUUGGACGAUUCGCUGGGAGGCGGCAGCGGUGAUGACGAUGACGAUGGGUCGGAGUCGGAGGGGCUUGGCGGGGAUGACAUCAGCAUCGGUUCUGAUGUCAGCGCCGACCUCUUGGAAGGCUCGGGCGACGGCGGCCUCACGGGCGCGGCCGAGGCCGACGCGCAGGCCGCGGGCGGCGAGCUGCGCCGCGCGGCCGGCGCGCUUGCCGACGCACGCCGCGGCGGCUGA